GCCCUCGUCGCAACCACUGGACUCACAUUACAUGAGCUUCACUGCCGCAUGGGACAUGCUUAUGCACCUGCGCUGAAGAAGAUGGUCCAAGAUGACAUUGUUGUUAGUGUCCAUCUCGAGAAUACGGAUCUUGUCUUCUGUGAGAUCUGUGCAAAAGCAAAGCAGCCACGAGAACCAUUCCCGUAG